AUGGCUCGCACGAAACAGACUGCACGCAAGUCUACUGGAGGAAAGGCGCCUCGUAAACAAUUGGCAGCCAAGUCGUCUGCGCGGAAGACUGCAGUGAGUAGCGCAGCUGCUGGUGGAGUGAAGAAACCUCAUCGAUUCCGGCCUGGAACGGUUGCUCUUCGUGAGAUUCGUCGGUAUCAAAAGUCGACGGAGUUGCUUAUUCGGAAGCUGCCAUUCCAACGGUUGGUUCGUGAGAUUGCUCAGGAUUUCAAGACUGAUUUGCGAUUCCAAUCGUCUGCUGUGAUGGCGCUUCAAGAAGCUGCUGAGGCGUAUCUUGUGUCGUUGUUUGAGGAUACUAAUCUUGCUGCGAUUCAUGCUAAGCGUGUUACUAUUCAGCCUAAAGAUUUGGCUUUGGCCCGUAGGUUGAGGGGCGAGCGCUCGUAG